GCUAUGUUUAGAAAAACGUCUUUGGUCCGUGUAUCACGUGACAUUACGCGUAAGUCAAGGGGCAUCUGAGCUGUCAGGUCAGAAAGCUUAUCUUCAAACAACCCGGAACACACACAUUUAACUUCUUCAUAAACUUAAUUUUGCUCGUCUCCUGGCAUGGAGCAAGCAAAACAGGAUGCCUUCGAUCAAGCAAGACAGCAGGUGAUCAAAGAUGGCUACGAGAGGGCGUUUGAUUGCAUCAAUAAAGCUCUCACGUCGGAUGAGGCGGGGAACAGGGCGGAAGCGCUAAAACUGUAUCAACAAGGACGACAGCACCUCCUCAGGGCACUUAGUGUGCCCACUCAGGGCGUAGAGUGUGUGGGUCAAACCUGGGAGUCGGCUAGACAGAUGCAGCGUAAGAUGCAAGAGACCCUCAACAACAUCACCACCCGUCUAGCCAUACUGGAGACCACCCAGGACCCCUCGGCUGAGACCACGUCUGACGCACCCCCCCAAAAGCUUUACCCCGAUGUCCCGAAACCAAUGCCAGAGAGGCCUGCACCACCACAGCUGCAUGGGGCCGCAGGCGCUGUGGGAGGGCUUCCGUCGGGGGUUCAAGGGUACGCCCCCAUCUCACCCACAGCACAACAUAAUAUCCUAGCUGAACAGCCCCCUGCAUACACCCCACAAGCCGCUGACGGGCACUUGAGCAUUUCUUAUGGAACGGACUCCGGCGAGCUCUCUCUCGUUAGCGAUGAGUUUUACAGUUACAUGUCUAAUUCUACACCUUCUCCUCAGAGUUUGGGGGAGGAUGGAGAGGAGCUCUUUUACCUUCCUCAAGGGGUGCAGAUCUUUUUCGUUACCCCUGAUGGACAUGUAAGCGCUCCCUCUUACCCAGGGUACCUGCGUAUGGUGAAGUUCACCAAUGAAAGCUCCGAUAGAUUACCAAACAGGCCACCUGGGUUUCUGCAGGUUUGUGACUGGCUUUACCCUUUAAUGGCCACCGACUCUCCAGUCCUGCUCUGCAGCACAGGGGUCUACAUGUUCCCAGACAUGAUGGCUCCCACCCCCGGCUCCUACGUUGGGGUGGUCCUCUCCUCUGAGCUUCCUCAGAAGGAACGUGAGCUCUUCCAGGACCUUCUCUCUCAGAUGACUGACCUGCGUGUCCAGGUGAGCUCCCCCUGUGUCCCUUGCAGCCCUACCUCAAUAGCACAGGGGGCAGCUGAGGCAUCCGAGCAGGUAUCAGACGAUGCAGAGGAUACCAUUAACCUGGGCCAGAAGGUACCAAUGAGUCCAGCUGAAGCAGCGCCCUCUGCUGCAGAGGGGGAGAUGGUACUCCCUGAAUGGAGCGAGAAGGUGGCACAGGGAAUUCUGACAGGGGCUUCAUGGCUAAGCUGGGGCCUGGUGAAGGGAGCAGAGUACACUGGAAAAGCCAUUCAUAAAGGUGCGUCCAAACUACGAGAGCACAUCACGCCAGAAGACAAACCAACUCAUGUCAGCCCAACCCUAACAAGAAGCCUUAAUGUAGCCAAACAAGCCACAGGAGGCGCAGUGAAGGUCAGCCAGUUCCUCGUGGAUGGACUGUGCACUGUCGCUGGCCACGUUGGCCGAGAGUUGGCGCCACAUGUCAAGAAGCACGGAGGAAAGCUUAUCCCAGAGUCUGUAAAGAAAGACAAGGAUGGCCGCUCCAAUAUUGAUGGUGCCAUGGUGGUCGCAGCAAGCGGGGUUCAAGGAUUUGCAACAAUGUGGACUGGGUUGGAGGUUGCAGCAAAAAACAUUGCAAAGAGUGUUGCUACAGAGACGGUUACCACAGUAAAACAUAAAUUUAGGGGUCUAGAGAACAUUUCAGUCCCUCCAAAUGAAAAAAAGUAUGGGCCUGCAGCGGGCCAGGCCACAGAUCACGCUGUCAACUCGGCCAUCAAUGUGGGCGUCACCGCAUUCAACAUCGACAACCUGGGAGUCAAGGCAAUGGUCAAGAAGACUGGCAAAGAGACCGCCCAUGCCAUUCUGGCAGACUAUAAAGUCAGUGAGAAAGGUAGUGAAGUUGAAAAACACAAAGACCAAAAAUAGCUUGGAUGGUUCAGACCAAUUUUCAUUUGGUGUCCAUUUGUAAGAGCAAACCAAAAGUCAUGCUUUCCAAAAUAAAGAAUGAACCGGGUGGAUCAUUUUGAUGUUAUUUGUUUACGUGAAUGACUCCAAAGGCUUUAACAAGACCACUGCAGGGUUUAAUUAAACCAGGACUAGGCCUUAGAUAUUACUAGGACAAUUAUAUAUAUUUUUAAUAUGUCAGUGCAAGCUGUUUUUCAGUUAAAACAUUUAUUUUUAAUGCACCCGCCUAUGCACCCGCAUACUUUAUUCACUGUGGUAAAUGCACUUUAAAAGUUGUCUCUACUGCCGUACAGUUUUUUUCUGAACUUGCCUUACAUUUCACCAGCAAUGUAACCUUGAUGUAAACCUAAUUGGAUCCACCAUUUAGCUAAAAAUAUGAAAACAUCCAUAAUUACUGUACGUUUCAUUUAUUAUAAAUGGACUCCUGAAAGUUGAUAUCCAAAUGUUUACUUUUUCCUGUUGUCCCAUGGAGCCUUAACAAAUAUAAUAUUCUUGUAUUUAAUAUAUAAGUUUAUUUAUUAUUACUAAGCUGUGUAUAGCAUUAUAUUAAAAUGCUAUAGAUCUGCAGUUUGUACCAAAAAGCAGUCAACACCCCCUGUGAGGAACGGAUUUGGAUAUUUAUUUGGAAGAUGAGUGCAAAGUAUUCAAUUAAUAUACAAGCAUCUGAAUAGUCUGAUUACAAUGUUUAAUAUUUUAAAAUCAGAUAUACAAUGUAAUCUAAAACCUUUGUGGAAAAAGUUUAAAAAAAAAAUUAAAUAUAAUAAUUUGUUUUAAUAAAAUUUUAAACAACAGAGACAUUUCAUACUAACUAUGUUCAACUGUAACACACCAUGUGUGUAUUUGUGUGUAUUACACCAUGUUAAGAUUCUGGUUAGUAGUUCUCCAAGUUUACAGGUUGACACCUCAAACACUCUAAAAAUGGCUUGGUAAUUUAUGACCCAUGUUUGGUAAAUAUUGGACAGAACACAUGCUGGGUUAAAAAUGACCCAAUGUUGGGUUGUUGAUAUGCAACCAUUGGUUAUAAUAACCCAGCAGUUGGGUUAAAACAACCCAGAAUUGGGAGUUCUGUUCAAUAUUUACCCAACAUGGGUCAAAAAUAACCAUAGACAUUUUUAGAGUGAAGAUAUUAUUGAAAUUGUAUGGGUUUGUUUUCUUUUUGUUUAUAGUUUCAUUACCUGUAUAAUGUAAUACUUGUAGACAAAUAUAAUUUUGAAAUGUGACAGACCGAAAUCUUUAUUGCCGUGUCUUAUUUAAUUGUAAUUAAUGUUUAACCAUUAAUGUCAACUGACUGUUGUUUUGCUGACUGUCAGAAUCUAAUAGCCUGUGGUUAUCUGACACAAUAAAAAAUUAUUUAUUUAAAGCAUAGUGUCUUGUACAAUUAUUUGUUUGCAGUGUAUUUUUUAUUGUUACAUUUAUCAGUAUGUAGUUAUUAGAUAUUGAUCUAUAUCAGUAACUGCCACUGUACAUCGCCUUGUAAACUGACAUGAAUUGCUGCUGUAUUCAUAUUAAUUGCAAUUAAGAUGCAGUUCUGCCAUCUAGUGGUAACAAUAAACUGAUUUUAUGUCUGGUACUCAAA